AUGUUGAAAUUAGUAGUACUUUCAGUUAUUUUAGCUGUAUGUACAGCUGAGCCCAGUGGAUUGGUUUACAGUGCACCUUUAGUAGCAGCAGUGCCCGCAGCUCGUAGUUAUAGUUAUAGAGCAAAACUAAUCAGCCAGCCUCUAGUUACUGUUCCAGUUGCUCAAAAAUUGAUAAGUUCACCUGUGGUAGCUGCUCCUGUUUUACAAAAAUUUGUGACUCCUGUAGCUACAAGCUAUAGCGCCAGAGUUGAUGCUUUGAGGAAUCCUUUGGUAGCUGCUUACCCUGCAUCACUACAUCCUUGUCUUCGUUUGUCUACAGUACAACACAGACCUAUUUCUACAAACAUGUUCAAACUGGUGGUGUUGUUCGCCGUUUUGGCCGCAGUUUUUGCAAAACCUACAGUUUUAGCGCCUCUAGUACACAGCGCAGCCGUAGUUGGAUCAGUACCCACUUCUAUCAGCGAGCACAGUACUUCCAUCGUUCACGAUCACGCUUUGGUAAGUCCAGUUGUACGUACCGCUCCAAUCGUACAAGCCGCUCCAAUCGUACACGCCGCUCCUAUUGUUGAAACUUACGUCGACGCCCCUGCCGUUGUGAGCACACAUGGUGUCAUUGGACAUUCGGUAGCUCUAGGACACGCUGGACUAGUUUGGUAGAAGCUGAAACGGCGCUGUGGAAUUGAAGACUUAGAAAUUGAUUUCGAAAAAUAUGUUCAAAAUUUUGAUUUAAAAUAAAUUUAGUUGAUAAUAA